AUUAGGAAACAAAUUUUGGUUUAACUAGGAGAAUCUAAUACAAUAGUUAUAAAUAAAAUCACUUGAUGUAUGUUUUUUUCUUUUCAUUGAGCAAGCAUUAGUUAUAAGCUUUCUUCUUCCGUCUUAAUUAAUUUGCUCUUUGUUUUUUGCAUAUCUGUCUGAUUCAUGGAGGAGAUACUUAUGGACAUUCUGAGCAGGCUACCUGUGAAGUCACUUGUUCGUUUCAAUUGCGUCUCAAAAUUUUGGAAUACAUUAAUCUCUCAACCUUAUUUUAAAAAGAAGCAUCUCAAUCAUGCUAAAAACCAACUCAGUUCCCAAAAAUUGCUUUCUCUCCCGUGGCCCCCUAACGAUGCAGAUCAUAAUCAUCUUCACUUCUAUUCGUCUUCUUUAUCCUUGGUUCAACUUGUUAAGGAUAUCCGCAUAUUUGAUUGCCCUUCAAAUUCUAAUCCAAGAGAAGGUAUAAAAGUCUAUUGUAGUUGUGAUGGCUUGUUUCUUAUCGGAAUUUGGACUGAACCUCAUGUCGAACAACCUUCAAUAUUAUUGAUAUGGAAUCCCUCCACAAGAGAAUCUACACUACUUCCCCAUUCAAAAUUCAUGUCACUACAGUUGGCACACUCUAGUAGUGAUUAUGAUUAUGAUUAUGAUUAUGAAGAUGGUAGUGAUGUGGGAUCUACUUACGGAUUGGGCUAUGACUCUAUUAAUAAUGACUACAAAGUCUUUAGAAUGGACAUGUCUGUGGAUGGCAAAAAUGAAAUUCUCUCACUGAAAAAUGGUUCAUGGAGAAUUAUUGAGGAAACCUCCUCAUCAGGUAGGACAGAUUGUUCUAUGUUGUCUGGUGGGGAAUUUUUGGCAUUUGUAGAUAGAGCAUUUCAUUGGCUUGGUAUCUUAUCAAAGUUGUGUGUGGUUUCAUUCAAUAUUUCAUCUGAGGUGUACAGAGAGAUACCAUUGCCAGAGAUCGUGUGCUCCCUCAUUCUAUCUAGGUCCCGAGUUGAAGUUGAAGUUGAUGUGGGCGUAUCAGUGUUGGGGGGAACGCUUGGUGUUUAUUAUAAGGAUGACGGAGCUUUUAAUUUAUGGGUAAUGAAAGACGUUAAAGAUUCUUGGACGAAAUUGUUCACUAUACCAACCAUCGAAAUUUAUAGAGUCAUACCGGUGUAUAUGUUCUCAGAUGAUCAAGUGUUACUCUAUUUUCAAUUAGAUGCGAUAACAACGUCAAGAUUUGUAUAUAGGAUAAUAUCUGUUGGAUCAUUUGGAUUGAGCAGUCAAAUAUGGCCUCUAGAUUGUGAUGAUAUUGAUGUUGUUACCAUUAACGAGGAUGGUAUUGUUUAUACGGAAAGUCUCGUCUCUCCGAAAUUGGGUAAGUAAAUUGGGUGUGUAAUUGGCCAUCUAAAUAUUAAACAAUUCUGGCUCUCACUACUUACUAUAUUGUUAUUUGGUUGAACAUACUUCUUUCAUGUUAGUUUUUUUUGAAAUUUUACAAAACUAGAGUUAUACAAAAUGGAUUUGUUUUACAUUAUGAACUUGGCAGAGAUAUAUCUGAAAUACUUCGACGGUUACUAGCUAGUUAAUAAAGCGCACAACUACCAUACAAAAUGGAUUUGUUGCUCAACUAAAUUCACAAUCAAACUUCUAUCAUCUAUAUUACCUUAAAAGAUAAGUGUCAUAAACACACCUAAACUAUCUCAAUUUUUUGAGUUUGAUACCUAAACUAUUGAAAGAGUAAGUUUCAUACCAAAACUAUCACUUAUUAGUCAUGUGAAAUUGGUGUUUCACAUGAAUUUUCAAAUUGAAGCCUUUCUCGCUUGUUUAGUAAAAUCGACGUUUUUUGCAGGUGACGACGACGU